AUGGGCGCAGCCGACUCGAAACUGGCGUUCAAAAAGGGCGUCUUUCGACUCUUCGAGGAAAGGAACAUCCCAUCCAACGUGAACGAGUAUUGGGAACAGUUCUGGACCCUCCCAGAGUCGGCUGACGACGUGUUUCUACUUGUGGGCUCGCAGGACAUUCGACGUGUGCGCGACGAAGCCCGGGAAAAUCUCGAGUGUCUCAUCGAAAAGAUUCUGAGUCGUCUCUUCUCGUUAUGCGACUCACCGCUGUUCCUGACACCGGAGGCUCCUGUUAGUCAGUUAUUGAACUGUGUGCGUGUUCUGACCAGGCUCUUUCCGUUUGUCUUCGAGUCGGACGAUCUUAUGAUGUGGGAGGAACGUUACUUCUGGACCCCACGCAGCAAAGGGGCAUCGAGUCGAAGGCGUUCCAACGCCAGUCAUCUUGACGAGUCAACACAACCCUUAGAGAUCGAGGGUCAGUCUUCAAAUCCAAACCCUCUACGCUCGGAGCGAGUUUCAUCCGCACCAAAGGACCAGGAUUGUGACGAAACAACGCAGGGUUACCGCUUGAUCAAGACACUGUUGGACCUACUCUUUACCUCAGGAUUCACACUUCCAACAGCCCUAGAGUCAAGGAACAGAGUGAGCUAUGUCAUAUGGGAAACGGGAAUUGGAUCCUCCAAACCAAUCGGGACCUCCAAGGAGCUGGACGACAACCGGACGGAAAUCCUGCGACUCUUGCUUGUGUUGUUCUCACGGUCCAUGUACAUCCCACCAACAGCCAUCACGACUACGGAGAAUCGCUGGAUCGAUACCGUGGUGACAGGAUCAGACCGUCAGAUCACGCUGGCGAUCCUCUGCAGUCUGGUCAAUUCGGCGCUCAAGUACAACCCUUCUGGGUGGGGAUUGCCUUACAACCACGUCAUGUUCAACGACCAACGGGAGCUGCUAGUCAUGCUUUGUUUGCAGGUCAUUGUGGUCCUGCUCGACUAUCAAGUGGUCGAGAGACCAGCAACCCCACCGAAUCGCUUUUCAGCUGGAAUCAGGAUUGAAGACGGAGCAGGCGAUAGCAACAAGCAAGGCUCCUCUUCCUCGGAUACGCCUUCCAAUGUCCUUGUGCCAAACACUACUCCUUCAGAACAACAGGCUCAACGAACGCUGGAAGGUGCCAACAAGAACCAGUUUCGGUUUUACCUGUCACGACUCCAUCGGGAACAAGACUUCCUGUUCCUUACCGAUGGCAUGUAUCGGAUUCUGAGCAACCCCAUGGCGGCGAGCAGCACAUAUCUUCCAGGAUCUACCAAGCAAGUGAAGUGCCACAUCGAAACACUUAUGCUUUGCUGGAAGACAUUGGAGGUCAACAAGCGGUUUAGAGUGUACCUACUGGAGACGAACAGGGUUCUGGAUUUUGUCGUCAUCCUUCUGUACUUUUCACUGGAGCACAAGCUUGACCCGACACAUGCGGGAUUGGUCAGGAUGUGCGCGUGCAUGCUGCAGACACUCUCAAAGGACAGGGCGUUCGGCCACACUCUCAACAGGCCCUUCGAUGGCCAUGCUUCCUUACCUGCAAAUUCCAUUCAACAUCUGAUUGCGACAACAAAGAGGACACUGCGAUCGCUUUACCCGGCUCUGAUUUCCACGCUCUCGAAUGUCUCACCUUAUAUCCAAAACAUCUCACCAUUGGCAUCAAGUCGUCUUUUGCAGUUGACGACUUCAUUUGCUUCUCCGUCGUUUCUUCUCGCAGAAGAGUCCAACCACAGGCUUUUGGGGAUCCUGUUGGACACAGUGACGAGUAUUCUCUUUUACCAAGCACCUCAUAACGCACACUUGGUGUAUGCGCUGAUUCAGUACGAACCCAAGAUUCAGACGAUGGCGCGGUUUACUUUGCAGCGUGGACUGGACGAUAUUCAUAAGUUGCGGUACCGAAAGGACGACUCUUCCAGCGCUACUCGCUCAGCCACCAGCACCGAGGGCCACGUGAGCAAGUCAACGGAGGGUCCAUCCUCGACGACGUCAUCUGCUGAAACGGGAGAGUUCUACCGUCGAGGACACAUCGACCUCGAAUGUACCCGCUUCAUCGUCUGGAUCAGUUUCCAUGGUUUCAUUGGCGACAUUUUCACCAGCACUGACUGCAGCAACCCUGUCGGAACCAAGUACGUUACCCCUGCCGCUCGUCAGGAUGCGAGAGUUGUUAACGGGAAGCAAUCAUCCAGCUCACUAAGAGCAGCAGGAACGACAGAGACGACGACGACUACCGCCACCACGACUUCGCGGCGGCCAGCCCUGACGAGUCAUAACUCGUCCUACAGACAUGAGCGCCCUACUACAGCCUUCGAUGUUGGACAAAACGGAUUCGUCCCCACCGAAGAAUGGGUGCAGGGAUGGAUGAAAACACUUCGGUUUGAGCCACUGUUGAUUAUGCUCCAAUGCGUUAUCCCAGAGAUCGAAUCCAUCCAAGCUAUGAAUGACCAGCAAGUACUUGAGUAUAUCCGAACAAACAUCAUCCCAAUGUUGCAACAAGUCAUGCCAGAGUCUGGUAGACCGCCUAUUUUCGUCCACAAGUUUACAUGGAUUGGGGGUGGGAACAUCAACAGUAACAACGAAGGCGAUGAUGAUUUGGCGCUUGUGCGGUGGUUUCAGGGCCUACUCUGGAGCCAGAUUUAUGUCGGCGGAUGUGGCAAGUUGGGCAGGCAGGGGUUGGGAGCUUGGUAUGAAACUGGAGUGCGAUUGUUCUCGAUUCGGACUGUGGCCAGGAGUAGCAGCACAAGUGAAACUACGAUGAUGUCGGUGACGGAUAACAUGUCAACAGUCGCAGCGGCGGCCAUCAGAACGGCAGGAUCGACGUUUGAAACAAGCUCACUCGGAUCUGGAACAAGCUCGCCGGAUACUCGUACAUCUGCGGCUGCUUCGUCGGGAGUAGGGGCAGGGAGCGGUGCAAGUGAAAGGCGGGCGUCUGGUCAGUCCAGUUCUUCGUCUUCUACCCGUCGACCGUCGUCGUCGUCGUCGUCAUCAAUGUCAACGCCGACAGCAAAUACAGGACCCACCACUUCUUCUGCGGGAUCUGCGAGUCAAAAACCAUCGCCUGGAUCGAUCUCGAACGACGUAUCAUUGCGAAAUGCGUAA